AUGAAUUACCAGACCCUCAGCAUGGCAGGCAAUGCCUCCGAGUCACAGAACCAGGGGCUAGAUGACUCGAUCUCCCCCGGUCAGCACCCAGAUGUGCCCGAAAACGUAGCACCGACUCCGCACGCGACGGCCACCUCCGCCCAGAGCUUCACGCCCCGCUCGCUCAUUGUCGGCCUCAUCAUCGGAGCUCUAAUUACCUUUUCAAAUACAUAUUUCGGUCUUCAGACAGGAUGGAUCAGCACCAUGGCCAUGCCUUCGGCCUUGAUCGGCUUCUCGGUCUUCAAGGUGCUGUCCAAGCAGCUAUCUUUCCCGUUUACGCCGAUUGAGAACGUGCUGAUUCAGACCGUCGCCGGAGCGGUGGGAACUAUGCCGCUCGGAUGUGGUUUUGUCGGGGUAAUUCCUGCCUUGGAGUUCCUGCUGAAAGACGGUGAAGAUGGGCCGACGGGUGGUGGCGGAGAUGGCGAGGGCGGCCCCCUCAAGCUCGGUUUCUGGAAACUGGUGGUUUGGAGUCUUGGAGUUUGCUUGUUUGGUGUUGUGUUUGCUGUACCAUUACGCAAAGAGGUUAUCGUGCGAGAGAAGCUGCGGUUCCCAAGUGGCACUGCGUCUGCACUGAUGCUUCGGGUUCUCCAUGGCGCUGGGAAAGAUGAAAAGACUCCAGUGGAAGUUCAGGACCGGCCUAUUGAGCUAGCCCAGGAGAAUGCGGUCUCUGUACCAUCCGCGAAUGAAUCACGAGGUCUCCUAUUGAAGGAUGGAGAGGCUGAAGACCAGGCAACUGAUAAAAAGGAUUGGCGGUCGAAGAUGCGGCUGCUUAUCGGUGCAUUUGUAGUCUCCGGGAUUUACACUCUUUUCUCUUACUUUGUUCCACUCGUCCGCGACCUUCCAUUACUUGGGGUGGGUCUCGCUCAUAACUGGCUUUGGACUCUUAACCCGUCUCCUGCGUAUAUUGGCCAGGGAAUCAUCAUGGGUCCAUCAACGUGCAUGCAUAUGCUUUUCGGUGCAAUCCUGGGAUGGGGCAUCCUCUCGCCUCUGGCGAAGAGUCGCGGGUGGGCCCCUGGACCAGUGGACAGCUGGGACAAUGGAAGCAAAGCGUGGAUCGUUUGGAUCUCACUGGCGAUUAUGCUUGCUGAUUCCCUCGUCAGUCUCGGCUGGCUAGUCAUCAAGCCUUUGAUUCAACAUGCUCCCAGGUGGAUAGCUUGGUUCCGCUCUACUAGACUUGGCAGGUGGAUCGCAUUUCGGCUGCAGUCGCAACCUCACGACCGCUCCUAUGUUAACUACUCUGCUCUGAAUCCUGGCCAGGAUCACGAGGACCAUAACCCCCACUCCGCCUCAAUUGUGGAAGAGCCGGAAGAACAAGAUGCCCCGGCAUCUCAGCUCAUCUCAACCCGUACAGUGGUCAUUUUGCUACCUCUCACACUAAUCCUGAAUGUCGUGUGCAUGCAUUUCGUCUUCGGCGACAUCAUCUCUCCACUCCUAUCAAGCCUCGCCACACUCCUUGCAGUGCUCCUCUCUAUUAUGGGUGUCCGAGCUCUCGGUGAAACGGAUCUAAACCCUGUAUCUGGGAUCAGCAAGCUGACACAGCUCCUAUUCUCGCUAGUGACCCCAGCGUCACAUUUCUCCCGACGCACAGCUCUGGUCACGAACCUACUAGCAGGUGCAGUCUCUGAAUCUGGCGCCCUACAAGCCGGCGACAUGAUGCAAGAUCUGAAAACAGGCCAUCUCCUCGGCGCGAGCCCAAAGGCCCAGUUUUACGGUCAGAUGAUCGGAAGUCUUGUCGGUGCCGUCCUUUCGACUGCCGUGUAUAAGAUGUAUGUCAAUGUAUAUGAGAUCCCUGGCGAGAUGUUCCAGACCCCCACAGCAUAUGUCUGGAUCUUCACUGCUCGACUUGUCACCGGCCAGGGAUUGCCGGAUAUGGCGUGGCAGGCCUCGGCCAUAGCUGGUGUUAUUUGGAUGGGUCUCACAGCGGUCCGAAUCGCAGCUGCUUCUCCUGCUUUUGUAAUUGGCGGGAAGCCUCCUGCAUGGAGAGACUGGGUUCCUGGUGGAAUUGCCGUCGCCGUGGGCAUUUUCAAUGUUCCCUCCUUCACACUCGCGAGAGUUAUAGGUGGAAUCAUUGCUUGGUGGUGGGCUCGCAAGCAUGCCUCGCCUGCGAAUCCAGAUCAUAAUGAGGGCCCCUCCGUGCGAACUGAGACUGUUGGCUCAACAGUCCUCGCUUCCGAACAAGAGGGAUCUGCUUUGGCUAAGCAGGCAGCUGACAAAGCAGAUGCUGCGUCUUCAACUGUGGUUGUGUUGGCCUCUGGUCUCAUCCUUGGAGAAGGCAUUCUGAGCAUUGUGAACCUCAUUCUUGCAAGUGCAAAGGUUCCUCAUCUUUGA